AUGGAUCUUUUCAACUCCCCCGCCUUCUCGUCCCACGUAGAGGAGCUCAUCAAGAAGUAUCACGUCCCUGGUCUCGCCAUAGCUGUUGUACACAAGGAUGUCACUGCUUCCAAGGCUUUUGGCGUGGCGUCGUUUGAUCCGCCAAGGCCAAUGACCACGGACACCCUCUUGGACAUUGCUUCCGCUUCCAAGUCUCUCACGGCGGCCUCUGUUGCCCUGUUGGUUGCCGAUGAUAAGUAUCCCGAGGUCACCUAUGAGGCUGAAAUGGCCAAAUUGCUGCCCGGUGAAUUUGUCAUGCCGGGCCAGGGCUAUGAGGGCGUAACUGUUGAGGACAUUCUUAGUCACAGAAGUGGAAUGGCACCCAACGAUAAUUGUUAUUUAGGCCCCCGGGCUAAACACACCGAUGAUGCACAAUCCAUUACACGCAAUCUGCGAAACUUGUCGACUGCUGCCCCGAUUCGGACAAAGUUUAUGUACUGCAAUAUGAUGUUCUCUGCUGCAUCUUAUUUAGUGGAGAAGAAAGCUGCAAUCAACUUUGCUGAUUUCCUCGAGGAUCGUUUCUUCAAGCCGCUGGAUAUGACUUCGACCAAUCUCCAACCCGAGCGAGCGCGUGCCAAGGGCCUUGGAGAUCGCAUCAGUCCUGGGCACUGGUGGGAUAAAAAGGCCAAGAAGUACAACGAGUUUGCCAUUCCGGAUGCUCCCGAAGGCCAAGGCGCUGGCUCAAUCAUUACAAGCGUCAACGACUAUAUCAAGUACGUCAGGGCUCUGAUGAACCAGGAGGAGCCAUUUACAGAGGACAUUUACAAGGGACUCAUAAAGGGGCGGCAAAUCGUAGACUUGGACAGCGAAAAGCUAAGCCCCUUUACAUCGCCGUUGCUGUAUGCGGCUGGAUGGGAGACGCACCAUUAUCGCGGACACCUGGUUGUUGCCCACGAUGGAUGCAUCGCCGGCUCGUCUAGCAUUCAUUUCUUCAUACCUGAUUUCAAGUUUGGAGGCGCCAUCUUUGGAAAUUCUGACGACGCGGGUUAUCUUGGAGAUGUCUUGCUCCAGGAGUUUCUGGAUGAGUUGAUAGGCCUGCAUCAAGACCAAAGGCUCAACUGGGACAAGGUCUUGUAUGAAAAGUACACGGACAAAAAAUACGACGAAUACGGCACAAACGACAACGAGGACGCAGAGGAUGAAGAAAAGGCAGCGGAGGAGGAGCGCCAAAAGCUCUGCCCCGGGAUCAAGGAGCCGGAGCCGCAGAAGAUGCCUCUGAGAGCUUACACGGGCGAGUACUGGAAUCCUGGCUGGCGCGGCCUGGUAGUUGAGAUUAAGGACGGACAGCUCUUCAUUGAUUGUUCGGAUCGGUCGUAUGUGUUUACGCUGCAGCUGCGCCACGUCUGCGAGCAAACAAAGUACAUUGCUAUAGAGAGGGAAGUGGUGGGGGGGCUUGCUAUAGUGCUGAGAGCGGAAUUCAGAUUUGACAACGGCACUGCGGUCAGACUGGGAGUGUCGUUUGAGGAGAAGCUGGACGACUAUAUCUGGUUUGAUCGGGUACAGGAGAAGUGA